UUUGUUAGGGUAUUAAACUUCUCCCUCGUUCUAUGGGAUUAGAAGAAUAAUUCUUUGGCAUCUCCGACCCUUAUUUCCUUUAUAGAACUAGAAGACAUUGUUCUUUAGGUCAGUAAGGGCUGUAAAUCAGAAACAAAAAAUCUAGACAGUCAAAACCAUGUCUUCAACAACCGAGAUCGUCGGCGAACAACUCGCCAUCGCUUUCUCCGAUCUCUCCCUUCAAGAUCAGGAUCAGGAGAUGAACAAUAAAGGGGCUGUUAGGGAGGAGAGGUGCCAAAGUCAUGGUGGAAUAUGUGCGAUAUGUUUAGAUAAGAUAGUUCUACAGGAAACUGCACUCAUAAAAGAUUGCGAGCAUGCUUACUGUGUAACAUGCAUCCUUCGAUGGGCAUCAUACAGUAAAAUGCCUACAUGCCCUCAGUGUAAACAUCCAUUCAAGUCCCUCAAUGUUCAUCGCUCACUUGAUGGAAGGAUCAAUGACUACAUGUUUGAGGAAAGCGUGUGCCUGCUUCUUAGAGCCACAUGGUUUGAACCUUUGAAUGUGGAGGAACAUGAAGAAGUAUAUGAUGAUGUGCAAGAUUAUUAUUCCUAUUAUCCUUACGAAGAUGAGGACGAAGAAGUAUAUUACACCAGUUCACCUAGUCUCCGCAUCGGGAAUCGGAGAUGGGGUGAUAAUGGAUAUGUAAGAUCAGGGCGCCGAGAAGCCAGGCCUUUACAACAGUCAUCCAUUUUCCAGAAUGCUGCUGCAUCAUCUUCAACUUCAAGUGAGCCAAAGAAGAAAGAGGUUUUGAAAAAUACGAUGGGACGAAGGGCAAAGAGGGCACUGAAGCGGGAAGCAGAGGAUAAGGCAGCGGCAGCAAAACAUCAAGAGCAUUUGAUGAGGUUGGGGCGGAAGUGAUUUCUUUGAUGCAAUGUCUUUUUAGAGAACAUUGUACCAAAGUAAUUUGGGUGAUUCGAUAAAAAAGAAUUCCUGUAUUCUAUC